GAGGAGAGACCAGAGCGCGAGAGUAGAGAGCAGAGAGAGGGAGAGAGAGAAGGAAGGAGCAGAAGAGUGAAAGAGACACUGGGACUGCUCUUGCACUCCCAUUCAGACACCCAGCAUGUUCAAGAAGGAGACCAGCCCGAUGAAGAGCGGCCAGGUGCAGACGAAUGAUCUGUCAGUGCUGGUCACACGUGUGCAGAAGAAUGCAGACCAGGUGGAGAAGAAUAUACUGCGGGCUGAAGAUCUGCUAGCUCAGGACGCUGAGGAUGGCAGGCAGGGCCGGUCUCUGACUCGGAGGAUGGAGACGGCGGAUAAUCUGACAGAGGCUGAAACUCUCCUGAAGGACCUUUUCCUGGAUGUGGACAAAAUUAAGAAGCUCCAGCAUCCUCAGGCUGGAGAGAUCGAGCUGGAUGUGAGUAACCUGCAUGAUCGCUGGUCGAAGGAUUGUGCCAGGUAUCGAGAGCUGUAUAAGCAGAGUCUGAAUCUGGAUCUCUCACCCAGAAUAGACUGGGCUCAGGUGCUCACAGACAAACAGAGGCUUAUUCAGGGGGAGGCUUAUGGACCGACCCUGUCGGACGUGGAAAAGCAGAUUGCUGCUCACAACAUCCUGCAUAAAGAGAUAGAAGCUUACCGCUCUCAGAUUGACUCACCGGAUCUACCCUCUCUGAAAAGACAGUACACCACACUUCUGGAGGAUUCUCUGAGACGUAAGCGUGAUCUGGCCUCUCUCUAUGAUUACCUCCAGCUCUGUAAUAAAGAGCUGCAGUACCUGUCCGAUCAGCAGGAGCGCAUGCGCAAGAGGGACUGGAGUGACCGCAUUAUGGACGCUACUGGAGUGCGCAUGGAGUACGAGAGAUUCAAGAACAAUGGCUUGCUGAACCAUGAGACUGAGGUGCACAAGCUGCAGGAUGAGGCAGAUGGUCUGAUCAGCGCCAAACAUCCAGGCUCCUACACAAUCACGGACCACAAUGCUGCAGUGCAAAAGAAAUGGGAGCAGUUCCUCAGCCUGCUCAUCUGCCAGGAAGCUCACCUGAACAACGUAGAGGACUACAAAAAAUAUCAGCUGGAUGCUGAGACGAUCUCCGAGUCUCUGAAGAGAAUCAAUAGCACCAUGGAGCCGUCUCUGUUGUCUAAGAUGAGCAACCCGCAGAUCCUGAUGCAGCUGGAGGGAGAAGAACGGGCAGUGCAGAGGAACGAGCGCAGGCUGGCAGACCUCAGAGAAUUCUGCACCAAAGUUGUCCCGCUGCCGCUGCGCCGCUCCACAACCACCAGACUUCCUGUGGUGGCGCUGUGUGACUGGAGCGCUGACAAGGCGUCAGUAAAACGAGGAGAGAAGUACACUCUGGUGUCCAGCCCUACAAACGAGAACUGGGAGGUAAAGAACAACCUGGGAGACACCAAGAUUAUCCCCGGAGUGUGUUUCGUCAUUCCUCCACCUGACCGUGACGCCAUUGAACGAGUGGACAGUUUGGAACAAGAUCUGGCCAGUUUAAAGAGAAGAAGAACCUCUCUCCAGGCUUCCAUUAGAGCUCCCCCUACAGAGGAGGUGGUGCACGUCACUCGAACAGUGAUCGUGAACAGUGCUCCUGAGGACUCCUCUAGGUCCAAGGACCUGGCGAGCCGUCUGGACAGGCUGAUCGCUGACCUGCAGAGGCUGGAGAAGGAGGUCCUCGGUAGACUCAGAACUCCUCUGGAUGCGGGUAACCACACCGGAGACCUCGCCAUCAGAAUCCGAGACCACGAGAGAGCCGUCUCGACCCUGAGGAGCCUGGAGGCCGAGAAAGCGUCCAUUCAACGAGAAGCAGAGCCUCUUCUAUCCCAGAAGCCUCUGGGUCCCACAACUUCCACUCUCCCUGAGAAACUGAGCAUUGCUACCAACAAGAUCGAAGACCUCAACAAUCUGACAGACCUCUAUGGGAAAAAGGCAAAUGCUGUAAUGUUUCUGGAGAACCAAAUUAAGAAGGUAGACAACACUCUGACAGGGCUUGAAGAUCAACUGGCCAGGCAGACAGUCAUCCUUGAUAAAACCAGUGCCAUCCAGGACCAUACUUAUGACCUCCAGAACACGCAGAAGGAUGUUGUGGCCAGGAAAGAUGAGAUACAGAAGCUGAACCGGGAUCUCGAGCUGACGGAGCAGCUGUGUGGUCAUCUCCAGAAGGGUUUCCAGGAGUACUGUCCCGACAUUCAGCGCCAGGAGACCGAGGUCCGACGCCUCAGGAACCGCUAUGCUAACAUCAACAACCAGCUGCAGCAGAGAUUAGCCCUGACGCAGGAAGCAGCCAAUAAGGAUCAGAGUUUCCAGAGUAGCGUUCAUUCUCUCAACAAAUUUCUGAACUCCAUCCCAAACAACAAGAUCUACUCUACAGACAGCGAGACUCAAAUCACCACCAAACUCAACUCACAGAAGAGGACAGUGGAAGAACUCAGGAGGAAGUCAGAUGAUGUUGACCAAAUUGAGAAUAUAUCUCAUGAACUGCAGAAAAUCCUUAAGGAAUAUGAAUCAAUCGCUUACAAAUAUGGCAGCAUUGUGGGCAAUGCUGAUAUAACCAAGCGCAACUCCUUUACUCUUGCCAGUGCUGUGGACGUGAAGGAAAGAGAUGUUGUGAAGCGCUACAACGAAGCUUUGGCAGAGAACAUCCAGCUGCUGGAUCAAAUGAAAUUCGCCAAGAAUGUGGUUAACAAGAAUGAAGAGAUUGUGAGCCGUGUUGUGGUGCACCAGCAGUUACAGCUGCAUAGCCAGCAGAGGGAGAUUGAGGAGGUGGAGGCUCUGAAGAGAGAACUGACAGAGGAGAUUUCUCGACGUAUCCAUGCUGAAAACGAACUAGAGAAUUACAGGAAGAGAGUGUUGUCGCUCAGAAACCGAAGAGGAGUGGAAAGGGUGGAGGAGAAAGAGGUUUUGCAGUACUACCGUGAUCCCAAACUGGAAGCUGACCUGGAGAUAGUGAAAAAACGGAUACACGAAGAGGUCUCGAAGCGCUCUGGAACCAAUAUAGAGAUAGAAAGAAUCAAUCAUAAGAUUGUUACUCUGGAACAUGAGAUGACCACCAUCCAGCCAAAGAUUGUGACCAAAAUGUUUACAGAGUACGAGAAAGAUCCAAAACUGGAAAAGGAGGCAGCUUGGAUCCGAGAAGAGCUCCGAAGAAUAAGGGAAGAAAUCAGAGUACGAGAGACUGAAAUAGUGCAGAGCAGCACUGAGAUCACAUUCUUGGAGCGAAAGAAACCAACGAUUAAAGAAAGAGUUGUGAAGAAGGAAGUUGUGAAACUGGAGAAGGAUCCAGAAAUGCUGAAAGCUGUGAUUAGGUUUAAGGAUGAAAUCUCAUCUGAGGGCAUCAGAAGCAAGAACCUGAACGAUGAAAUCUUUCAGAUGAGGAGCCAGAUCAACACACUCGAGAGAAUUAUCCCCACCGUGCAACCCAAGAUUGUCAUAAAGGAGCUGAAGAGGGUGGAGCAAGACCCAGAGCUCCUAAGAGAAUCCAGGACUCUCCGAGCAAGCCUGGAGGAAGUGAUGCAAGAAAAUAGCAUCUUGUUGAAGGAGCUCAGUAGUCUUCAGCUGCAUUACAGCCAUGUUGAGACACUGAAGCCCAAGAUUGAAGUCAAGGAGUUUAUAAAUGAAAUCUUCAGAGUUGACCAGGAGACUGAUGCAGAACUAAAACGCCUGAGAAAAGAGCUUCACGAAUAUGGAAGAAGGCGCGUUGAAAUUGAGAAUGAGAUAAACAUACUGAUGGUAGAUAUUAAAACCCUGCGUUCUCAGAAACCCAGGGUGGAGGUAAAGGAGUCGACUCAUGAAAUUGUGAAAGAAGAGAGGAGUCCAGAAAUUGUUCGGGAAAUCGCUAGGCUGAACGAACAGCUGACCCGCCUUCGGACUAGCUAUAGCUCUACGCUGGAACAGCUGAAAAUUCUGUGCAAAGAGAGAGAUCAGUGGAAGGUGGAAAAGUCCAAGGUAGAGACAAAGAUUCUCACCAGGGAAGUGGUGAGAUAUGAGAAUGAUCCUCUGCUAGAGAAAGAGGCUGUACGACUGAGAAAAGAAGUCAACGAAGAAGUUCAGCGUCGCCGCGUGGUAGAAGAGAAUGUUUUCGAUCUUCAGCAGAAGUAUAUCAUACUGGAGAGACAGAAACCUGAAGAGAAGAUUGUGUACCAGGAGGUUGUGUAUCUCCAGAAGGAUCCAAAACAGAUUCAAGAGCACGAGAGGCUGGCAAAGAGAUUUGAUGAGGAAACCAAGUCACGUUGGUCUGUGGAGGUGGAGGUUCAGAAGCUGAGGUCCCUUGUUUCGGAGAAGGAGAAGAGUCUGGCGCACAUGGAUGACAGGCAGAAGAAGAUUCUUGUUGAAACAGAACUUAGGCAGAUCAAGUCUCGGAUCUAUGAGCUUGAGACCUCUCCUCCUCCCAUUGAAGAGAGGAUUAUCAUUGAGGAGGUUGUGAAAGUAGAGAGAGAUCCCAAGUUGGAAAAACUAAUGCAUGGCCUUCGGAGUCAGAUAGAGAACGAGCACAACUUGAUAAGCACUCUUGAAAGGGACAUUCGAAACCUCAAAGUUCAGGUGGAGCUCCUGGUCAAAGAGAAGUCUGUGGAGAGGACAAUCUACAAGGAGGUGAUUCGGGUAGAGAAGGACCAAACCGUGGAGGCUGAAAGAGAGCGACUGAGAGACCAAGUAGCACAAAUCAAGAGUGCCAGGCGAAAGCAAGAGGAUGAAAUCCAACACGUCAAUAUUAAACUGACUCGUAUUCAGACCACGGUGAAGUCUGUCUCCACUGAAGAGUCCACCCUCAUCACAGUAAGGGAGACACUUCUUAAGGAGAGGGAUGAGUUUCUUCGACAGCUGAAGAGACUGGAGACUGAGAGGCAGGAAAUCACUGUGAGAUUCCAGUAUGAGUCCAAGCUACUGAGUGAGAGAACUCAAACAAACAAACAAAGACUUUUAAAGCUGGAGUCAGACAUACAGAGUUUGGAAAAAGAUAUCUUGCUUGAGAAAGAAAGAAUUCACCAGAGAGAAGCCACUAUUAUUGAGCUGCUGAACAGCUUGAAAAAAGAGGAUCAUUCUGAACAACAAACCAGAGAAACCACUAAAUCCACCCGAAUCACUAUUCUGGAUCCUGAGACUGGAAAAGACAUGUCACCUUAUGAUGCCUAUAUAGAAGGUCUUAUUGAUCGCGCUCAGUAUUUGCACCUGCAGACACUUGAAUGCAGCUGGGAAGAAUUUACAGUUAGUGGGUCCAAUGGGGAGACCACAGUUCUACAAGACCGCAAGAGUGGAAAGAAAUAUUCCAUCCAGGAGGCACUGAAGGAUGGGCGACUGACCCAGUAUGAUGUGCAGCGAUACAAGGAGGGCAAAAUUCCCAUCUCAGAGUUUGCUCUGAUGGUUGCAGGAGAGAAAAAGGAAACUUCGUAUACUAGUUCCACCAUAAUUCCAUCCUCCCCAGUGAAAACUACAUCGACAUCUAUGCUGAACUCAACUUCCACACUGACUCAACGCCCACUGUACUCAAGCAAUGGCUACCUAAAUACAACCACCACGAUCACUAGUGGAGAUGAGUUGUUCCCCAUCUCUGGUGUUAUGGACACAACGACGAACAGUCGCAUGUCUGUGCGAAGUGCCAUGACCCGUAAACUGAUCGAUGCAGACACGGCCCAGAAGCUCUUGGAAGCUCAAGCAGCUACGGGAGGAAUUGUGGACAUCAGCAAGAAGGAGCGUUUUUCAGUUCACAAAGCUGCAGAACGUGGUUUGAUUGACCAGAGUCAAAUGGUCAAGCUCCUUAAUGCCCAAAAGGCCUUCACAGGUGUCGAGGACCCAGUAACUAAGAGCCGUCUUUCAGUUGGAGAGGCGAGUCAGAAAGGCUGGAUCCCUACAGACAACGCCAGGCGGUACAUGGAAGCACAGAUUCUCACAGGUGGCCUUGUGGACCCCAACAAAGCCGGCCGAAUGAGCUUGGAGACUGCCGUAGCUCUGAAGGUGGUGGACAAAUCUGUAGCAAGUGUGCUCGAAGAUGAUCUAAAACACCUGAAGGAUCUGGUCGACCCCAUUACAAAGAAAAGAAUCUCAUACAAGGAAGCCAUGGCACUGUGCAAAAAAGAUACAUCUACUGGACUUCUCCUGCUUCCAGUGGCAUCUACUGACGCAACAGAUUCUCCCUCAUACUCCAACUUCCAGUUCUCUCACUAGGAGAAACAUUGUUUCCCUAAAAAACAAAUAACAAAGUAAUUAUACUGUUUGCAAUAUUAUACAGUUUGUGGUGCAGUUUACAUUUUUAUGUUAGCACACUGGAUAAUCCUUUAAUUUCCUUAUUUUCUUCAGUUGUUAGUGAUGGUAAUGGUGUUGAGAUGAUCUAUAUUUGGAAAAAUGUAUACCCUUUAUCUAUAUAUACUACAUUCUUCCAUAUGGUGUUUUUUUAAGUCUUCAGCAGUCUGUCACUGUAUCGUCUAAUUUCAUAAAAGCUUUCAAUAAAAGUAAUUAUUCCUCAGA